AUGCCUCAGACCCCAACUGCUGAGCUCACGCCGGCGCCUAUUGCCGUGGAACAGCAAACUCAGGAUGGCUCGCUUGCUGCAACAAAUGGCAAUGCCACAGAUGCGCCUAAGAAGCCCUCACCUGCAGAAUUGAAGAAGCUCGCCAAGGCGGAGAAGCAGGCAAAACGUGCACAGGCAAAGGCGGCGGGUGGCGCACCGAACCAGCAACAGGGACCACCCAAGGAAGGCCAGAAGUUGCAGAAGGAUUCCAAGCAAGGAUCGAAAGACGACAAAUCACGACCGCUGCCCAUGCGGCGGCGACCGUCGCAGUCAAACGUACCUGCGUUGAAAGAGCCGGAAAAGAAAGUCAAGAAGGAACCAAAGCAGACUGGACUAUUCUUUGGCCAUCUCUACAGUCAACCGAAGCAGCAGUCACUAGUAGGAGCGUCGAAAGACGUACAUCCAGCCGUGCUUGCUCUUGGUCUCCAGUACAGUAGCUAUGCCAUCUGUGGUAGUACAGCGCGGAUGGUAGCUAUGCUCCUAGUGUUCAAGACCGUGAUUGAAUCCUAUCAAACUCCACCUGGGAACAGUCUGGCUCGACAUCUCACCAGCCAUCAUCUCGGUCCUCAAAUUGAGUUUCUCAAGAGCUGUAGACCGCUCAGCAUCAGCAUGGGUAACGCAAUUCGGUGGUUGAAGGAUAUAAUUAUCAAGAUUGAUCCUUCGACACCUGAGAACGAAGCCAAACGUGAUCUUGUUGAUGAGAUUGACAUUUUCAUCCGUGAGCGUGUCUCGGCCGCUGAUAGACUCAUCCGUGACUUGGCAGCUACGAAGAUCCAGGCCGGCGAUGUCAUCCUUACUUAUGCAGCAUCCUCGAUAGUCGAGCAGACUAUUUUACACGCCCACAAGAUGGGCACGCCAUUCUCCGUCAUUGUGGUCGACUCGAAACCGUUGUUUGAAGGCAAACAAUUAGCGAGGAAGCUUGCAAAUCAGGGUGUCAGUGUGCGUUACUACCUCAUCACUGGUGCAACGCACGCCGUCAAAGACGCAACAAAGGUGUUCCUAGGCGCGCACGCCAUGAUGUCCAACGGCCGGCUAUACUCACGCGUAGGAACGGCGCUCGUUUCCAUGCUGGCGAGCUCACAGUCUCUGCCUAUCAUUGUCCUCUGCCAAUCCGUCAAGUUCACCGAGAAGGUAGCCCUCGACUCAAUAGUCGGAAACGAGGUCGCCCCUGCGGAGGAAUUGCUUUCGGAAGCUGAACGCCGAGAACUACUUCCACUCAAAGCUCGCCUACCCAGCUCGAAGAACGACGAUAAGGCAGGCAACGACGACCUUGCCACGGAUACGACCGAUGUCCUCAGGUGGAUUGAAGACAACAAGAAUCUGCAUCAUCUGCAAGUACUUUAUGAUGUCACGCCGGCGCACUAUAUCAACAUGGUCAUCACCGAAUACGGCAGCUUACCCCCAAGCUCAGUACCUGUUGUUCACCGAUUGAGUACGAAUAUAUGA